AUGACACACGAUGUGUAUCAAUAUGACAGAACUACCACCACCGCCGUCGCCGCCGCCCCCCCCCCAACGCCCAAGCCAGGCGCAACAGGACAUGCGAGCGCACGUGUGCGUACGCGCGUGCGUGCGUGUGCAAGCUCGCCUCAAGUGCCAAUGCGUCGGGGCGUGCGAGCGUGCCCACAGCACGGUUGGGACGCCGUGCCGCUGUGGCUGAUGUGA